AUGGCAGACCGCCAGGCUUUUCAACAAAACAUCGCUGGCCUGCUGGCCAAGCUCGACGACCCGGAUGCCGACUUGCGCUACAUGUCUCUGAACGACCUCUACACAAUCCUAAGCGCCCCCGGCUCAGGCUAUUUCCAAGACCAGCGCUCUUCGACGCGGCUGGUGGAAGGCUUGCUCAAGGCCCUGGAUGAUCAGCAUGGGGAUGUGCAAAACCAGGCCCUCAAGUGCCUGGGCCCCCUGGCUAUCCGACUGCCCUUUGAGUCCCUAACACCACUCCUCGAGAGUUUGACCAACUUGACUGCCUCCCAAACGAUUGACACCUCCGUCCCCAACACCGCUCUGCGCGUCAUCGUGGACACCCUGCCUCGCCCUCAAGCCGGCCAGCCCGCGCAGCAAAAUACAAUUGCAGCAUACUCGGCCGUUUCUAAAGUCCUGAUCCCUCGAUUGGUCGGCCCGACACCCUCACCCUCCUCCCGACGAGGCUCGAUCGUCAGGGGCAUGUUGGAGAAGGAUCCCUCGAAAGGCUUCAGCAGCGACGCCAUCGACGUGCUCAUCAAGGUGGUUACGUGUUUCGGUCCACUUCUGCAAGAAUCAGAGCUGGCAAGCCUCUCAGAGCCGGUCAUGGCUAUCAUUCACAACGACACGGCGGGUACCGUGGUCACCAAGCGUGCGCUGACGGCUAUUUCGGCGCUGGUGCUGCAUUUCUCGGAUACUCAGCUCGAUGCCUUUGUGGCCACCUUGGUCGAAACCCUAUCCUCGCCCAACAUCUCUACGGUUCACCGGCGACACUUGAUUGCGACCGUGGGCGCCAUCGCCAGCAGUGCCCCGGCCAAGUUCGGUCCGCAUCUCAACACACUCGCACCAUUUGUCUUCUCCGCUGUUGGGGAGGAAAGUGUCUCGACAGUGGGUUGA